CAAGAAAUGGAAUCUGAGCAAUGGAGAAAGUUGAAAUGGAAGAAAAGGAAGAAAAUAGAGUUGUGAGCAAUGGCGCAGUUCAAGCUUACUGGUUCUGGGGUAGCGCCAGCGCCGUUCAAUUUUGGUGGGGCGUCGCCGCCUUGAAAAGGGGAUAUGUCGGCAAUGGCAACCUCAUGCCUUUGAAGGCCUUCACCGUGGCCUCCCUCUUCGUCGGCGCCUCCACCUCCGCCGCCGUAGCUACGCUCCAGCUCUCAGGAAUCCGCUCUGUGGAAGACCUCAAGAGUGUAGGGGCAAAUAUAAGGAAUGCAUGCAAGAGCACGCGAUGAGUCUCUCCGUAUUGUUAUCAUAAGCAAUAAAAGUGUAGGAGACUCUUUUAUGCCCAAAAUCAAGCACACCACUAUCAUUUGUACCUUACAAAUCCAGAUGGUUCCUUGUUCUUGACCACCGGUCGAUGAGACCUGUAUUUGAUCUUCCAAAUCCAUUCAAAGACACUUUUUUUUUUAAA